GAAGGUUGAAAAGGACCCCCGCCCCCUCUCCGUCGGCUGCUGCUUUUGCUUCGCGUCUUGGGUAGCGGCGAGAGCAGCGGCGGCCAUGAACGGAUUCGGCGCUGGGGCGUCCUCGUUCCAGAGAGGCGGCGGAAGCAGCAACAACAGCGGCGGAGAAACGCUGGAAAAGAUCGACAUGUCUCUGGAUGACAUAAUUAAGUUGAACAAGAGAGAAGAGAGGAAGCAAAAUUCCCCCAAGAUGAAGAGAAGCCUUCCGCAGAACGGCACGCGACAGUUCCGGAUGAGGAGAAUCAAGUGGGGAAUGCAAGACUAUCCAGGUUUUGGCAAGAACUACUUAGGACGUCGAAAGCAGGUGCCGGGGAAGAGGCGUGCCUACGGCAUUAAGACAGGCUUGGCGGCAAGGAAAGCCCUGGGGGCUCACAAAGGCAUCAGCCCCCUCAAUAGAUCGCCUCUCAGUGAAAAGAACCUGCAGAGGAAUUACUCCGUUUUGAAAAGGAAGAUGCCCGUCCAGAGACAACCCGAAUUACAGAGGAAGCAAGGAGCCCGGUUCCGAAGACCUACCUUGUUAAAUCGAAGGCCGAGCAUACAGUCCCUUUCCACCAGAAUUGGGAAUAAAUUAUACCAGCAGAAAGAUUCGCGCCAGGCGACUUUCCUCUUCCGGCGGGGCCUGAAGGUGCAAGCACAAGUCCAUCCGGAAGCUGAUCACAGAAACCAGGGAGCCAAACGGACUCGCCCAUGGCGAAUGUCUACCAGAAAUGGAGGGAUUUUGACUAUUUCCAUUGACAAUCCUGGUGCUGUUCUCUCUCCAAUCUCUUUGAAGCCAAGACUCACCAGCAAUCUCAUACCCCCCUUUCUCCUGAAGAAGGAGCCGUCGGAAGAGAAGAAGGUCCCCAAAGGUGUCCCUCUGCAAUUCGACAUCAACAGUGUCGGGAAGCAGACCAGCAUGACCCUCAACGAGCGCUUCGGGAUCCUGAAGGAACAAAGGACAGCUCUGGCUCAGAACAAGGGCAGCCGUUUUGUGACGGUGGCCUAGAAGAGGCCCCCCUCCCCUUCGAAGGAGCUGGAGAGACUGUGGUCCAGCAAGUCGUGGCAGACGUUGGGACCUUUGUGUCAAGAUCAUCCCGAAGGAAAUGAAUCCCUUCUCCCCCCCCCCUUCAUUUACUACCCUUACUUUAUACCGGGAUGUCCAACCUUGAACCGCUUUUAAGGCUCGCGGACUUCAAUUCCCAGAAUUCCCCAGCCAGCCGUGUGGAGUUGAAGGCCACAACUCUUAAAAAAGGGGGCAAGGUUGGACCACCCGCCCCCCCUGCUUGAAAUAGUUAGACCACAACCCAACCCUCUCAUAUUCCGAUAUAACAAGGAAACGCAGCACGUUUUUGGUUAUUUACUUAAGAGACACUUUGCCUGGAUUUCUGAAGGUCCAAUUCAGCCCCGGCAAGAAGGGGAAAAUCCUAUUUGCUUUUCGUUGUUCUUGUGCUUGUUUUUUGAAGAUGCCAGUCGGUGUUACGCUCCGCCCCAAAGAUGACAAAAAAAAUUAUACACUCGCCCUCCUGGUUAGAUUUUUAGUUUUUGGGCCACAGGCCUUGCACGGAAGGUCAGUUUCUGCUCUUCUUAAAACUUUUGCUGGCCGUUUCGUCCGAACGGUCCUGUGCCUCCCGUUUUCUUCUAGCUGACCCCCCCAAAUCAGAAGCAAUUGAGGGUGGGGUGGGUGGAAUAAUUGACGUGAAGGUGAUUUGGGGGAUCCCCGUCAAGGCCUUUCCCGGCGAUGCUAGCACGGAUGCGGUCCGUAGGCUUGCGAAACGAACGUGCGAGUAUCUUUGGAGUAAAACCUGCCACCGCCUCGAGUUCGAUUUUUGUCCUUCGGUCACAAGAAGCGAGCCACUCGUUUUCCUUCAGGGCAUCCUCCACUGAAAUGAGCCUAGUCUCCUUUAACGUCCCAUCCCCACCCCCCCGCCUCCGAGUUCUGUUGAUGGUUGCUUUGUUGUGUAGUGAGAGACGUGCACUUUUGUGACUCCUCUACUUAGCGGUAGUUCCACGAAGGGACCUUCCUGUCGUAAUCAAGGGAUCAGAAGUGGUGGAGUCAACAUCUCAGCAUAUACCCCCAAACUCUCUGCAUGUUUGUUUGAUUGAUUUGGACUUCCAACCAGGAGAUAUUUGGAGCCCCUAAGAUGAAUAAUGGAAUUUGCCUGCGAGAACAUACUGAAUUUCUGGACUUCAAACGUCCAUAAGAGGAUCCUGAUUAGUUGGCCUAGUGUCAGAAGUUAACAUUGAAAUUUUCAGUUUCAGUUUUAUUGUGACAAAGCAAAGAAGAGUUUGCAAAGAAGAUUUGGGUAAUCCUUAGAGCAUUUUUUAAAAAAAUAGCUAUGGCCCAUGACGAUUAAUGUUCUGUUGUUUCUGAUUUUUUUUCUUUUUAAAUCUUCUAUAUCAGUGUUUUUCAACAUUGGCAACUUUAAGAUGUGUGGACUUCAACUCCCAGAAUUCUCCAGCCAGCCAUGCCUGUUUCUUUUUCUCUUGCCCCUUAAAAGUGGAGAGACUGCAGAGGAAGGGAUCAGAAGAGAGUAAAUUAUGCUGGAUGGAGAAUUGUGGGAGUUGAAGUCCACACAUCUUAAAGUUGCCCAGGCUGAAGAACAUUGUUCUAUAUAUCAUUACAGCGGAAAAAGUUUGGGACAUUUUUUUUUUUUUUAAAUUGUGUACUAAAAAUUCUGUUGGAAGUCUGUUAAAAAUGAAGAAGACCGGCCUUCCUUUAAUCCGGUGUCCACCAGACGGGUUGGAAAAGCUUCCAUCAUCCCCCAUCAGUUUAGGGCCAUUGUAGUAGCCAAAACCCAUCUCGCGGGCACCAGGUUGGGGAAGACGGAAAGAGGCUGUAUGCUGAGAACCAUCCUGCGUUUGGUUUGUGCCAGGGUGCAAUUAAAAACAAAACGAACAAACCUUUUGCAUCAAGCCGGAUGCAAAAAAUUGAUGCAAUGCAUCUCAAGAAAGUUAGUUUGUACUUAAGGAGAAUAUACUUUAAAUCUGUACCUUUGGGUAUUUUUUUUGAGAAGUUAAUACAUUUGGAUCUAUUCUAAAGCUGUUGGACUUUUUAAAAAUAAAAAAAAUAAAAAGUUACAA